UUGGUCCCUUGGAAGCCAGUAUAGUGUACACAGCUUGGUUUUUUGCCCAAGCGAGGAACGAUGGGAAGCGUAUCCGGCAAGAACGAUAAGAGUCACGCCGUAUGUGCCAGUGACCAAUACAUUCGGCGUGCCCAUCACGCUGGUUCGUGGUACGAAAACGAUCCCGUUACCCUCCGUACAACGUUGCAGCAGUACCUUGAUCACGCUGCCUCGGACAGCAGUUUGAUCGUCCCACACGCGGGCUAUUCGUAUUCCGGACCGACUGCGGCCUACGCAUAUCAACCCCUUUUCCAGGAACUAUCGCGAGUCGACUGUCCCAUUCAAAUUUUGCUCGUGUUGCACCCAUCCCAUCAUGUUUACCUAGACGGAUGUGCUAUAUCCAACUCCCACACAAUCAACACACCGGUAGGGAACUUAGCGACCGACGAUGGGAUUAGGGAAGAAUUACUCCUCCUCAACCACAACAAUAAAUCUAUUUUUACCGUCAUGUCACAAAAGGAAGACGAGGAGGAACAUUCUGGUGAAAUGCAGUAUCCGUAUAUAGCCCACAUUCUUCAAGCAUGUGGAAAACUGCACAACAAUGGCAGUAACAAACCAAUUCGUGUGCUGCCAAUCAUGUGCGGAGCUCUAUCGAACCAACAAGAAGCAAGCUACGGGCACUUGUUGCAACGUGUUAUUGCUCGAGAGGAUGUUUUGACAAUCGUUUCGAGCGAUUUUUGUCAUUGGGGUCCACGGUUCCGGUACCAACCAAUUCCUACCAAAGAAAAAAGUUACAAAGAUUCGAUGCCUCUUCACGAAUUUAUCAAAUCCCUGGAUCGCCAGGGCAUGGAUGCCAUCGAGGCGCAGCAACCGGGGGCGUUUGCAAAUUACUUGGCACGCACACGCAACACCAUUUGCGGCCGACACGCCAUUGCCGUAUGGAUGCAAGCCAUUGCUGCAUCCGAAACUACUAUUGGCAACAAGGACGACACCGAUCCAACCGGUGAAUUGCUGCGAGUGCGAUUUGUGCGCUAUGCACAGAGCAGCCCUGCUGAAAGCCUACGGGAUAACAGCGUGAGUUAUGCCGCAGCUUUAGCCACAAGGACAAUUGCAGCAAAACCAAAUGAUGAGUCUGCUCUUUAUGCUCUUUAA